AUGUUUGUUGUGACAGCCAUUCUAAAUUCAACAGUGGGUUUAUUAGUGAAUAAAGCUCGUGAUUUGACGGCGGAUAAACUGAGGGACGGCGAUAUUUCAGAUGAAAAACUUCGAAGUCUCGUCAUACGUGAGCUGCAUGAUAACUCAAAGAAACUUGAUGCUCUUUUACAAAAGGAUCUGCACAGCAGCUACGAGUGCCUACAGCAAGGAAUAGAUUACCUGAAUGCGGCUUUUUGUAACCUCAAGCAGAACAAGACUCAAAACGACGUCGACGGAGAUAAAACAUCAACAGUGCCGAGUGGAAUAUUGAACAAAGCCUUAGAACUAUCUAAAGUUAUGGAAAAUCUAAAAGUUAAAUCAAAUAAUGAUGUUGAAAUUGCUAAAAAACGAUUUGAAGAAGCCCGUAAGAAAGCAACUGAUGCUUUCUCUAAUAAAGGAUUAGAUAUCAAGGAUAAAAUCUUCGCUACGAAGCUACUCAUAGUUUCUCUAAUACUGGAACAUCUGGAUCAUCCUUCAACCGCUAUCACAGGGUGUGUGCCAGUUUUGAAAAGAUUCCAUGAAUCAUCUGCCAUUGAAGACAUGUUCACCGCGUACCUCGAAAAAAGCAGUGUCUUCGUUAAAUGGCAUGAAGAAGAACGAGCCGAGAACGUCAAGUCUACAAUGCAAAUUAACUAUGUGUUAUUUCAAUAUGUUUCGAAUUUCAGUGGGCCUUAUUCUGCGCAGACCUGGCCAACCAUUAAACUCUCUGACCGUACUUUUCAUCCAAUAAUAAAUUGGCUAGAAAUUUCUACAAAAGAGUCUAUGGGCGAUGCAUUGAUGCGCCCUCCCAACGAACUGAUACUUCGUGAUUAUGAAGAAAUAAUUACGACUUACCUCUCUCUAAACAGUCAUGCGGACGUUAUUGUCGCGAAAAACGAUUCUGGCGGCAUCAAGGUUCUGUUCAGAACAGGCGGAAGCAAGUUGGUUAAAUUAUCUGAUCGCAACAUUGCAGGACUUGCUGUUAAUAAGAACAACAAUGUUUAUGUGGUGAAAUGGAAUGAGCUCGAGCGACGUUACAUGUUGAAUGUAUUGGAUGGAGUGGAUUACAAACCAACACGCGACUGUGGGAUGUUGGAUUUUCUCGGGAAAACAGAAAUUAAUCUGAUGAAUAUUGCUAUAAACAAUAAAAAUAAUAUCAUCAUGAUCAAAAACAAUGAUCCCCACGUGUAUAUCUGUAGCAACAGUGGAAAAUUGCAAUGGAAGUUUAAACGAGAUUCACGUCGGGUACACAGAUUCGGUAUUUCCAAGAAGGACGAAAUCAUGAUAUCAUCGGGCGAUGAGAAGGCAGUGAACAUAUACUCUGAGGGAGGAAUUCUGAAUUCGACAAUAGAACUACCGGAAGAUCAUAAGGUUUGUGGGGUGGCAUUUCAUUAUGGGACAAGUAAAAUAAUCGUCUUGACCUAUGUCGAGAACAAAGAUUCCUAUUUCCUUCUCUACCACACUGAAGCAGGUGAACUGGAGACAGAAACGUUAUUUUGUAACAACUGGAGUGAAUUUCCCCAAAUUACGUCCCACCCAAGUGGAUCUGUUGCUGUUGUAAGGUGGAGAGGAAGAAUAACUUUUAUUUAA